AUGCUGUACAGAGAAACAUGCGACGCCCGCCUUAUUCGAAACUGCAGAGCCAAACACCAGCAAAGAAUCCCCGGACCAAUCACUACUCAAGAGAUUUGUCGGCAGAAGAAGUUCUGGGAAAAAGGGACACAAGUCAGAUGCCAGGGUACGAGCAGGUUUCAGGAUGAUCAGCAACGUCUCAAUCUCCAGAAGAACGCAGAUAGACUGUAUAAAUGUAGAGGUGGUAUCCAGGGAUACUAUCCCAUUUACCUUCCAGAUGAUGCUUUGUUCAGCAAAAGGCUGGUAUUGUGCGUCCACCUUCAGACUCUCCAUGGGGGAAUCAGUUUGACAAUGGCGAAGAUACGAGAAAAAUCUUGGAUACCUCGCCUCAGAAGGCUAACAAAGAGAGUAAUAAAUGAGUGCCUUGGGUGUAAACGCUUUCAAGUAACCGCCUUAGCAAACCCACCGACUGGAAACCGACCCAAGGAAAGAACAGAAGGAUCAGUGCCCUUCAAGGCAAUCGGAGUCGACCUUGCUGGGCCUAUCGAGUACUUCAGCAAGAAUAAAGGGGAGAUGAAGGCAAACAUUCUACUAUAUGUACGCUGCUCAACCUGUGCCGUCUGUUUGGUUCUUCUACCCGACGAUAUUUAA